UAAGUAAUUUUAGUUUAAUGGAAGAUGCCAAAGCUAAUAACAAAGGGGGUUCCAUGUUCAAAUCCUAACUAUAACAUAAACUAAUAUCCCUAUUUUUUAUGUUCUAACCCCAAUCCAUGGGUGUGCCAUGUAACACCCUAAAUACAUGGUGUCUCCGCCUAUGCCCACCUUAAAAUUGAGGAGUCUAAAUGAGAACUCUCGGUUCAAGUGGUGUCGAGUUUAGACAUAAAAUGAGAAAGUUGAGGACGCUAACCGACUGUCGGAUCAGCACUCAAAUAGAUUAGAUAGUUGAGUUGUUAUUGUGGGCUAGCAAAAUAGUGGAAUUAUAGAAGUGCGCCGAAACUUAGAAUUUUAGGAAUGAAGAAGAAGAAGAUAAGUUAGGUUGUUAGUGGUUUGGGUGAAAGAAGAGGCUGUUGGGCCCAUGCCUGAAGGAAGAAAGAGGAGGGCUUAAGCCCGUUCGUGGAUCGGGCUCAAGCCCGAGAUGGGUUAAAAAACGGGAACAGAGGGGGAAGCGGGUCGGGAUUGGUCGAAAGAAGGAAGAGAAAUCGUCUUCCUCUAGGGAAUCGAUCGGGAAAACGGAAAGAAAGGGGCAGCAAGGCAUGAUUCGGGAAGCUAAUAAAUAAUCGAGAAAUAAGGCGGGAGUUGCAUAACGUAACAGAAGCUUCGCGUUAAUUGAAGUUAAAUAGGGGUUUAACUAGGGCUAGUACUGAAGGUUACUGGAGAAACAAAAACGAGAAGUGAAAGAGAGCGACGAAAGCCGAAGAGAAACAGAGGACCUUGGCGGAGUAGGGGACGAGCCAGAGAACGAGAAUUGGUUUCAAUCAUGAAACUGGCAUAAGCAAGGAAGACUAGAAGGAGAGUGGAGACCUUUGGGCGUCAACGGGAGCUCAAGGAUUCGGCGAUGGCAACCAUAACGGGAGUCGUCGUCGAUCAUGUCCACCAUCGGGAGGGAAACGAUGCAGAAAGGCGAAAGCCUACCCUUUGAGAUGGCCAAGGGUUUUUGCCACUCUUCGAUGGCCUCUGAUGUGUGGGCCACACCGCAGCGAUGGCAUCGAUCGAACUCUGAUAUUGGUGGGUGUUGGUAGGUUUGUUGGGACUUUUAGGGACGAGGGUAUACGUACGAUAGCCCAAGACCGGGUGACCAGGAUUGUGAUAGAGUCGUGAAUAACGUUCACUUUCGGAAAAGAAUAUUUCCACCCUCAACAAGCCUAGGGUUACAGGAAAUUUCUCCCGAGGAUAAAACUAUCACCACUUUAGGUUCCAGGCUCAAGAACACUAAAGCAUACUUAGAAAUUUUUGGAAGAAAGAAGAAGAAUCUAUUUGAUCGUAUGUGGCAUCAUCCACCCCACACAUAUUUAUAGGGGCCGAAUCCAUGCAUUGUUUCAUGAAAGGUUGCCUUUAUCCAUACGAAAGGUUGCCUUUAUCCAUAUGAAAGGUUACCUCUAUCCAUAUGAAAGGUUAUCCUUAUCCAUAUGAAGAGUUGCCUCUAUCCAUAAGGUUAUCCUUAUCCAUAAAAUAAUGCAACCGCCACUAGGCCAAAGGGAUGUGCCCCUUCACGAAAUUAGAAUAUUGGUUCGGUCGGUCUAAACCCAAACCGGUUGGUCGGUCCAACCCAAAACCGGCUUGGCUUGGUUAAUCCGGUUCAACCAAAUUUCCAACAUUCCUCCCCCAUUUUAGUGUAUUCUUGGAAUUCACUAAAAUCACAACAUUCUUCCAACAAAACUUAAGCAUAAAUGAAAAUGUCGUGACGAUUGAAUUUUCACCUUAGUAUAUUACACUUGACGAUUACUCGUAUACAAAGGGUGUCGGUAAUGAUUGAACCCAUUGACUCAUAUGAAUAUUCGAAGAUAAUAUACACUUAAUAAGUUUUCAAAACUUCUAAGUGCCUUGACACUAUUAUCCGCCAUGUGUCCAAUCCUUCUCAUAAGCGCACACGAAACCAAAGUCCGGGUUUCUUGAAGCGGCUACACUUCAUGCUUACGUAGGUCGAAUCUUUUAUUUGUGUAUCCGCAUAAUACACUUUGUAAAAGAUUCAAUUAAGAAGUUUUGAAUUUCGUCCUCUUCUCUCAUGCAGAUAACAAGCACAUACCUCGGGAUGACAAAUUUUGUGCUUCAAUUUCUGAUAAUAAGCUUUCCACAUUGAAUUCAGCCUCUAACGUUGUAUUAGAGGGGAAUUGGGUGUCCCAUUACCAGAAAUUAUAUGGACUUUAAUCCAUCCCUUUCACAGACUUAAUCACCAAGUCACUAGUUAACCACUUCGUCAAAUGAUCAACCAAAUUAAUUCGAUUUUGGUCAUACUGUCUAGACACAACACUAUGAAUGAUCAGUUCACAGCUUUUACCGUGCCAUACUCCCACAUGACCGUACUUAUCAUUUUUACUUGACUAUAUGCCUUAGCCAAAUUAGCAUUACUAUCACAAAAGAUAGAAAUAGGUGAGAUUGGUUUAGGCCAUAAAUAUAUGUCAUAAACCAAACCUCUCAACAAUUAUGUCUCUUCUCUAAGAGAAAUCAAGGCCACACAAACUUUGAUUCCAUAGUGAAACUUAGUGAUGCAAGUUUGCUUUCUAGAGGCCCAAAUUAUGGCACCUCUCCCGAUCAAGAGGACCCAUCUCAAUGUUGAAGUAUCACCUUUAACAUGAGAAAUCCAACUAACAUCAACAAAUCCUUUCCAAAAUUGAUGGAAAGCCACUAUAAGUCAAUACAGUGUGCCUUUGACAUAUCCUAGUACACGCCUCAUUUCAUUUCAAAUGAUGAGAACUAGGAUUCAUCACGUGCCAACUUAAUUGUUCUAUCGCAUAUGCGAUAUCUAGCAUCAUGUAAGUCAUGCAUACAUCUCCAGUUGUAAAACUGAUUUCCAGUAUUAACCAUAAGUUCCAUACUUGGAUCCAUUGGGGUCUUUAACUCACUACAAUUCUUACUAUUGAAUUUAUGCACGUACCUUCUCAUGCAGAAAAAUUGAGAGAAUGACUCUUCUUUGUCGUUCCGCUUGAUUCAAUACACAGAAUCACAUUUGCCUACCCCAUGUCUACAUGGAGAAUUGAAAUAACAACUUUUUAUCAAAGUUCACUUAUCUUUUAUUGGUUCUGACUCACUUCUACUGUCACUCCAGGAAUUGGCCAAGUGAAACCACUUCCUAAAGCGUAGUAUAGCGGGUUUGGGUUUAAAUGUCAACCCGGGUCCUAGAUUUGAUGACUACUCAGUGAAUUCUUGUUAUCUAGCAAUGAAACUUUAAUGCAAGUCUAGACUAACAAACUAACAAAGCAAGUGAACAGUUGUAUUCAGGUUAAGAGAGGUCACCCGGAUAUGGUUCCCCCUAGACUGCAGUUAAGCCGGAUUGUAAUUACCAAGUUCAGUUUCUAUGAUAGUUAUACUGCGGAAGGUUCUUAAACAGCCUGAAGUCUCGACUAAAGGUCUUCAUACCCUCUCAAUCUGAGUCUCUAGCGGGCAACUAACCUCCACCAGAGUAAACAGAUUGAGGCCUUAACAAACAAAACCUCCACUACCGGAGUAAAUCCGGUAUAGAAUAGUGAGUUGGCUCCUCGACUAAAGUCACCAACUCCCUACCUUCAAUUAAGGAUGCUCUAUCAACCUAGGCAGAUAUUCUCAUUCUAGGUUAAAGCAGAAACAACAGGAAUUUGAUUAGGACUCAAGUCAUUCAAUCAUUCAAACCUCCAUUGAACAUAAUCAAAUCAUAGAUUCAGUACUUGGGUUCAUACAAUCAAAGCCUAACAUACAAAUCUAGGGUUCUCCAUACCCAGAUGAAUGGGAGAACUACUCCAUGGAGAAAAAAGCAAAAGCAGAAUCAGACGCGGAAUUCAUACUGUGAAGGAUGGAUUCCUGCUCCUGGACGUUGAUCGGCACUUCUCCAAGCUCAAACUGGCCUCCAAUGGUGUUGAAGAUCACGCUAGGGCACUUGGAGACUCUUGUUCGUCGCUUUCUCUCUCUAGGAAUCGCUCUGUCUCUCUAAAACUCGAAUCCCCUUCUGUUUGGCUGAAAAUCUGCUUAAAAGGGCAUCAGUGGCCAAAGCACGGUCGAGGGCACGGCCAUGUAAUGCCUCAGCCCGCCCGUGCUUUGGCUAGGGUUAAUUACACGGCCAUUAUGUUGGUGCAAACACGGCCGUGUUUGAUGAUGGACACGGCCGUGCUUUGGAUGGCCACGGCCGUGCUUUCAGUCCGUGUAAUCAGCUCAUGUUUGCCAAACUCGAAUUAGCUCUCGGCAGUAAAAGCACGGCCACAGAACACGGUCGUGUUCUGUUUUAGGUGUGCCCGUGUUUUGGCUCCAGCUCGACGAAAUGACUUCCGAAUGACCCGAAACUCGUGCUUAGCCUUUCCUUUGACGCAUGGGACCUGAAAUAUGACAAAAUAGCACAACCCGGCGUAAAAUAGGCAAAAAAUACACGACUAUGCCCCUC